AUGGCAGUUUAUAACGCUUCAUCUACUACGAUAUCCCUAUCUCGGAACAGGAGACUUCACAAUAUGAAAUGUGGACCAUCUAAUUCGUUUACAUGUUUUAAUGGAGGUGAGUGUGUCUACAGAGAACUGUGCAACUGCAGUCGAUUUAAUGCAACCGGACCACGAUGCCAGAUAGUGUACAAUACAGGUGCCGAAAGAGAUCAUAUAUGCAGAACAUGGGGUCAGUAUAAUUUUGAAACUUUUGAUGGACUCUAUUAUUAUUUCUCUGGGAAAUCCACAUAUGCGCUUGUGAGACACACUGAAUUAGAUGAACAGAGUUUUUCCAUACAGGUGAAUAAUGAUCCUGAGUGCCAUUCUUCUCCUUACUCCUGCAAAAGAUCCAUUAGUUUAUUCUUUUCUGGAGAUGAACAGAUAAAGAUGAGCAGUGAAGUCAGCUAUAAAGGAUUUGGAGUACAAUUACCUUUUAUUAUUGGAAACUUACGCAUCCAGAAGCUAGCUGGGUACUUCCUAGUCAGGCACAAGUAUGCCUUUACUCUGGCUUGGGAUGGUACAUCUGCAGUGUAUAUCAAAAUGGCACCAGAGUACCUGGGCAAAACACAUGGACUGUGUGGAAACAAUAAUGCUAUCCUACAGGAUGAUCUUGAAACCAGUUAUGGAAAACUGACAGAUGAUGUAGCAGAAUUCGUAGAGAGCUGGCAGGAAAAUCCUCCACAAGGAACACCCAGUUGGGAUAAAUCUCUUCUCAAUGAGCCACCCUGCCUGACACAAAGCCAGGAAUCUCUACAGAGGGUGUAUACUCUGUGUAGUAUCCUGUUACACCCGCCUUUUGAACAAUGUCAUGAAUAUGUGAGUCCUCUUCCUUUUAUGGCAAGCUGCACCAAUGAUCUUUGCAUGUCAGCAGUUGAUAAUGCAACUUGGUGUCGAGCGUUAACGGAAUAUGCCAGAGCAUGUGCCCAAGCAGGAAAGCCGCUUCAGGGAUGGCGAGCGCACUUUCAGCAGUGUGUGAUUACCUGUGCUGAACCCUUGACCUACAAUGAAUGUAUCAACUGUUGCCCUGUUUCAUGUCAUCAAGAAUCACAGUGCAUUGACAGUGAGCUUCCCUGCAUUGAUGGAUGCUACUGUCCAGACGGCUUAAUUUAUGAAAAUGAGUUGUGUGUCAAGCCUAUGGACUGUCCUUGUGACUACCAUGGAAGUUUCUUUGAAAUGGGUUCAGUGGUUCAUGAGGAAUGUAAUAACUGCACCUGCAUUGGAGGAAAGUGGAUUUGUACAAAUCUUACAUGUCCAGCUGAGUGCUCGGUUUCAGGAGACAUUCAUUUCAUGACCUUUGAUGGGCGCAAAUACACUUUCCAAGCUACGUGCCAGUAUAUUCUAGCAAAAAGCCGUACAUCUGGAGCAUUUACCAUAUCCUUGCAAAAUGCUCCUUGUGGACAGAACCGGGAUGGAUCAUGUAUCCAAUCAAUCAGCCUUAUUCUUAAGCAGGACUCCAAGAGGCAAGUGACUCUGACUCAUUCAGGAGAUGUUUUGGUACAUGACCAAUACAAAAUUAACCUGCCUUAUGCAGAUGAGUUGUUUGAAAUACGGAAACUGUCUUCUCUCUUUCUUCAAGUAAAGACACACAUUGGAUUACAGUUACUAUAUGACAGAGGAGGACUGAGGCUUUAUCUUCAAGCUGAUGGACGGUGGAAAGAUGAUACUGUGGGCCUUUGUGGAACCUUCAAUGGAAAUACAGAGGAUGAUUUUUUAUCUCCAGCUGGAGUAACUGAAAGCACUCCAGAACUGUUUGGAAACACAUGGAAAACUUCAUCGGUGUGCAUUCUUGUGCAUGAUAGUUCGCAAAUGGAUCCAUGUGAUAUUCAUCUGCAGGCAGCCUCUUAUGCAGCGGAAGCUUGUAGCAUCCUUACGAAAGAACUUUUUGCUCCAUGCUACCCCUAUUUGAGUCCUGUUCCCUAUUUUGAGCAGUGCAGAAGAGACACUUGCAAAUGUGGACAGAUUUGUUUUUGCUCUGCUCUGGCCCAUUAUGCUCAUCAUUGCCGAAGAUUUGGAGUUGUAAUAGAUUUCAGAGGAGGUGUCCCAGACUGUGCUCUUUCAUGUGAAGAUACAAAGGAGUACAGUACUUGUGUAUCUACCUGUGGCAGAACCUGCCAAGCACUGUCGGUGCCAGAGACAUGCAGCAGUGAUUGUGUUGAAGGCUGUGCUUGUCCCUCUGGAAUGUAUUUGAAUUCCAAGACUGAACGAUGUGUACAGAGAAGUGAAUGCCCAUGUUAUUUUCAAGGAAUUGACUAUCCCCCUGGAGAAAAUGUUAUGACAUCUUUGGGCAAAUGCCAUUGCAGGGAUGGAGUAAUGAAUUGUGAUAACAACGUAAUAGCACACAGCUGCCCUGUUGGACAGAUCUAUAUUAACUGCAGUAAUCCACAAGUUGAUCCUGAACUCAGCAGAGAGAGAACUUGUGAGAAUCAGCUGCUAAACCUUACUUUCUCAGCACACCUUCCUUGUGUUUCAGGUUGUGUCUGCCCACUGGGUCUUGUUAAACAUGGGGAUGUGUGCUUGGAAGCAGAUGAAUGUCCAUGUUCAUGGAAAGGAAAGGAAUACUUUCCAGGUGACAAAGUCAUUUCUUCCUGUCAUACAUGCAUUUGCCAGCAUGGAUCAUUUCAAUGCACCUUCCAUCCUUGCCCAUCAAUGUGUACUGCGUACGGGGAUCGGCAUUACAGAACGUUUGAUGGACUAACAUUUGACUUUGUUGGAACUUGUAAGGUUUACCUUGUUAAGGGUACUUCAACCAGUUUUUCUGUUACUAUAGAGAAUAUUAACUGCUUUAAUACUGGAAUAGUUUGCAGAAAAAACAUUUUCAUUAAUGUUGGAAAAUCUUUUUUAAUAUUUGAUGAUGAAACUGGAAAUCCAAGCUUAUCUAGUUACAUAGAUGAACUACAAAAAAUACAGUUAUGGAAAGCUGGUUUUUUCACUGUUGUUCAUUUUCCUGAUGAGCACAUCACCAUUCUUUGGGAUCAGAGAACAACAGUUCAUGUACAGAUGGGUCAUCAGUGGCAGGGUGAAUUGACUGGAUUAUGUGGAAAUUUUGAUUUGAAGACAGUAAAUGAAUUGAGGACUCCAGAUAAUUUUGAAUUAACAAACUCUCAAGACUUUGGAAACAGCUGGACAGCUGUAGAGUGUGUUGACAGCUCUGACAUUCGAAAUCCGUGCAGUUUGAAUCCCCUUAGAGAGCCAUUUGCCAAGAAGGAAUGUGGAAUACUGUUAAGUGAAGCAUUUGAAGCUUGCCAUCCAGUGAUUGAUGUCACCUGGUUUUACUCAAACUGCUUGACAGAUACAUGUGGUUGCAACCAAGGAGGUGACUGUGAGUGUUUCUGUACAAGUGUAUCAGCAUAUGCCCAUCAGUGCUGCCAGCAUGGAGUUGCUGUAGACUGGAGGUCCCCUAGAAUGUGUCCUUAUGAUUGUGAAUAUUUCAACAAAGCUCUGGGAAAGGGCCCAUACAAACUGGUCAGCUAUUUGGAUGGAGAAUUAGUAAUGGCAGUGCAACUGGUGGAUGGUGUUAUUUUCCCAGUGAGAGAAGAAAAUAUUGGUCCUGGACAUGCAGUGAGCUUUAUGCUGACUUCAGGACUUUAUAAACCCAAAGCACAUGAUUCCAACUUGAUUUCAUUUGAAAUGGCUGAGAGACCAAACUAUUUUCUUCUGUUGUCCUCCAGUAAUACUCUUGUUCUUUCUAAAUGGGAAAAAAGCAAAGAGUUUCACAACAGAUCUACAUUUGUCAUUCACAAGAAUACAUGGCUUUCAGGAUACAGUUCCUUUGAGUCAUUUGCAAAACCAGGAUACUUCAUCCACAUUUCAGUCUCUUCAGUUGAGCUUCUGAAGUACCAUCAUUCAGAGGAUUUCAGACUGUCGACCCUUUUCAAACUUGUAG